GGAAGAAUAAUGACCAGUUUAACACAAAUGAGCCAGGUCAGGAGAGUGAUGAUGCGAAGCCAGGUGACCUCCCUGGAACGAGUUCAAGUAUUGACCAAGAAAACGGCGAUGGGUCAAAAAUGUCAGAUGGAGGAACCUCGGGGAGUUUACAAACCUCGAAUGGUCAAAAUCAAGAUACAGCUAUGGAUACGAAGUCUGACAGCACUGGCAAGAUCAGUGAACAGAAUGCAAAGGAUGAUAUGAAAGAUGGCGAUGAGUCAAAAAUGGAAGAUGAUGAUUCAUUGGAUAUUUCGGAUAGUGACACCUCCGACAAUAAGGAAUCUAGCGAACCAAAUAAGGAUAAUACAGAUUCCACAUCAGACAACGCAGAGGAGAAUACUGAACAAACAUCGAGCAAUGGAGUAUCAAAUGACGAUAAAUCCUUAGAUAUCAGCACGGAGGACCCUACAUCUAGUCAAGGUAGCAAAAAUCCUCAAUCAAGCGAUAUGGGGAAGGAUGGGGACAAGGCUGAUAAUAAUGGUCUGCCAAAUAAGCAACAAAUGAAAGCUGCCCAAGAUCUCCUUCGAUCAAGAUGGCUAUCACUAGAAAAGAAAGGUCGCCUCAAACCAGUCCCAGUGAAAAAUCCAUCAGAUAAGCCAUCUCAACCCGUCGUCGAUGCUUCCUUGAGAGACGACAGCGAGGAUUUUGAGGAUGAAGAAAUGGAGGAAAAAGAAGAUGGAAAAGCGAAUGGAGAGAAAAUAAAUGAGAAGAAAACGGAAGAUGAGGCAAAGGAUCAAACAAUGAAUGACCAGAAACUGGAAGGCCAGGAAAGCGAUGCGGAAUCAGAAUUGGAUGAGAAGAAAUUGGAAGAAAAGGAAAAUGAUGAAGUAAACAAUAGCAAAGACCAAGAAGAACUGAAUGAAAAGACGGAAGAUAUGCAUAUGAAUGGUGAUCAAACAAGGAAUCAACAAGAGAUGGAAAAACACGAGGAACCAUCGAACGAUCAUAAGAUGGACGAGGGUUUUACGGGAGAAAUGGGAGAGAAAGUCGACGAGAACAUGAACGAUGCAGAAAAGACAUCAGAGGAGAGUGGUGCGAAACGAAUUAAGGAAGAAUGCAUUUGUCCUGCCCUUGUUUGCAAUCACUUGGCAGACACGGGAAUGUUUAUCGACAAUACAAAUGUAACAGACAUUAAUGAUCUUAACGAGAUGAAAGCUUUUGCCAAAGGACUUGCCAUUGGUUUUAAAACAGAGGACAAGGAUGUUGUAAUGGGAAUUAUUGCAAACAUGAAACGUUCGCACAUUGUUGGGUCUCCAACUCAGGCAGGGGAUUCUAUCUUACACCCAAAAAGCAGGCUAGCAAAUCAGGCAUCGAAACUGAUUAGAAAUUCUCGACGCAGACCUGCAAAUCGGGCACAAAAUCUCGAUGUACAUCCUAAAAUUAGCUUUACUAACUGGGCACAAAAUCCUAUCGGAAAUCUAUUCCGGCAUCAUUCGAAAGCACACCCUCAUAUUCUUGCAAACAUCCCUAAAACCGGGCCUUCUGCUCAAGCAUAUAAACGAUCAAAACUUAAAAUUUUUUUUAAAUUCCGCCCGGAAAGGGAGCGAAAUUCUAAGGCAUUCAAGCGGGCAGAAGCUUACAUGCUGGCAAAGCAAAAGCAGCCCAUUCCACCAAUACUCAAUGAUGUGCUGUUUGUAUUGAUCAGCGGUGCAGAAAGUGACGCUGAAGUACAUGCGCCCGUGAAAGAUGUGAAAGCGGCAGGGGCGAAAAUUGUGGUCAUAGGGGUUGGCAAGGACGCGAAAAUUGGAAAGGUGGCAUCGCAGGCAGACCUAAUGUUUAUGGUCCCCCCCGGAGCCGGAAAUGCAAUAGUUAAUGCCAUUGUGGUAGCAGUAUGCAAAGCUUUUCUCAUGGGUAAACCAGGACCAAAUACCAAGCCUUGCCCAUGUAUGUUACAACCAGUUAAGAAAACCUCGCCAGAGGAAAAUCCCGGUAAGAUCAAUACAGAAAUGUCGAAAGAAGAAUACAAGGCGGGCAUGUUUCAUGCGAGCGGUUUACCCAAGGGGGAUACUUCAUCUACUACACCACAACAACCUUUGUCCCAGGCCACAUCUGAUAUAAUUUCAGAUAAAAAACCUCCAGCAGCACCAAGUACCUUGAUCGUAAGUGCUAAGAAACCACUGACCGCUGUGUCCAACACCAAAGCACCAGAGGGAAAUUUGCCGGUAUCGAAAACGGCGCCCGAAGCCUUCGGCGUAACCCAGCCCGUAUCUUCACCGGCGACCGAUAAAUCACCAUCCGCUAGUCAGCAGACAAGUUCGGUGAAAAAUUCCCCCAAACCUGCAGAGCGGUCCAAGCCCGACAACCUGCCUGGUAAUGGUGCCACCACUCAGGCAAUGCCUGUUAAAACCGCCAACGACAAAGUUAUUCAUAUAAAACAAGACAGGUUCAAACCUCUAUCAAAAACUUUAUCUACCCUUGGGGAAAGUCUCAACAAAGCUCAUUCGACGGGCGAAUUGCAUGAAGGCUCUUAUGCGUUAGAUGGUGACAUACAAAAUUUACUGAAAACAAUCGGAAAGUUAAAAUCACAAGUUGAUAAUCUAAAAAGCGAUGAGUUAGCAUCAGGAAAUAACGAUAUUGAAAUAACCAGCGAUAAUAACAAACCCGGGAUUGUCUCCAAGCCUUCCAGCCAAUCACAAGAAGGCUCUGAGUCAAGCAGCCAAUCAUCGUCGAGUAUCGCAUCUUCAACAAAUAAAUCGCCCUCAGCUUCUACAAGUCAAAAAAUAACAGCCCCAGCUUCGACAGGCGAAUCAACAACGGUCUCGGCUACGACAAGCCAAUCAAUGACGGACACAGCUUCCACAAGCCAAUCGCUGCCCAGCUCUGAAUACGCUGGCCAAUCGCCUGCGAGUUCGAAUGCCGUUGAAGAAUCGAAUUCUAAAACAGGAGGUACCAACGAUAUGCUGUCAAAAUCAAACACGACUACCCAUGUGCCGUUGAAA